UUCAGAUGGUGCAAUGGUUCUCUUAGCAAACUAUGUAGCAGUUUAAGAGCAGAAGAACUACAUGUGAAGCGAAGCGAAGUAAAGUGCAAAUAAAGUAGACUGCAAUGUCAACACAGAGUCAGAGUCAGAACAGCUGCGAUAGCAGAAUCAUGUCUUCCCAUCACAAGUUCCCUUUCUCUCUACGACCUAUUGGCAGUUCUAGCACCGACAGUUCCUGUUCGUCAAGUAACGACAAACGCAACGGCAGCCUCAGCAAUUCUUCAGAAGAACAAAUGAACAACUCCACAGUCUCUGCUGCAAGUCAAAAUAUACCCAAUGACCAACAAAAUGGUUCCAAGUCAACACACAGCUCUACAAAAUCUACGAAGAAGGAAGAUUCGAAGCAGAAGAUUUUCACCUUCUUCGGACGACAGAAAAAACCGGAUCCUCAGCAGUUUGUGAUUGAAUCCCCUGAAUUAGUGGAACAUGUUGGGACGCAGAACCCGGACGAGGUGGCAGCCAUCAUCAUGAAGAUGUUACACCAGGAGAAGUUCAUGAUCCACGACACAGUCAAGCCACAGAACAGAUGCACGACUGACGACGAACUGGAAGACGACAACAGAGACAGAGAGAAGAGACCCAUCAGCGAUGGCAGCGACAAAUCAAAUAAAAGCUCAGAGCCACUCCCGUUAGACCAGACAGCCGCUAAGACACCAGUACCUGCAACCGAAGAUCAAACCACACCUGUAAAUGACGAAGACAAAUUGAACCCGCCUCUGGAGGUGAUCAAACCGAGCACCCCAUCGCCGACUCCGGCAAAUGAGACAACACAGAAACCAGCACCGCCUUCUAGUCAGCCGAAAGAUAAAGUGGCUCCUCCGACUGUUGCGACGAAACCGAAGCGGGCUACAACCGCCAAUCGCCGAAUGACAGAGGACGAGAUGGUGGAAAAACUGAAGGAGUUGGUUGGAAGUGGGCAUCCUGAUGCUAGAUUUGUGAACCGAGAGCUGAUCGGGUCAGGGGCAUCUGCAAAAGUGUUUUCGUGCACUGAUAAUACCACUGCUCAGAAGGUUGCGAUGAAAGUGUUGACGUUGAGGGAGCAGAAGAAGAGAGAGUAUGUGGUUAGUGAGAUCAGAGUGAUGAGGAGGAUACACCAUGCAAACAUAGUCAACCUCAUCGACUGCUUCCUCACACCAGACAGAAAGUCCCUUAUGAUUGUGAUGGAAUAUUUGUGGAAUGCUCUGACGAAUGUCAUCCUGGCUCUGCAGGCCAAAAUGGAUGAGAAAUAUAUUGCCUACAACAGCUACGAGGCCAUCCAGGGUCUGGAUUACCUUCAUAGCAACAACAUCAUUCACAGGGAUAUCAAGAGUGACAAUGUGCUGUUAGGACUUGACGGCAGUGUGAAGCUGGCCGAUUUUGGCUUCUGUGCCGAGUUGCUCACAGCAGACAGUCAGAGGAAGACUCAGCUUGGAACACCCUACUGGAUGUGCCCGGAGAUCGCCAGGAGAGAACAGUAUUCGCCCAAUGUGGACAUUUGGUCUAUGGGUAUUCUAGUGAUUGAGAUGAUUGACACUAGUCCGCCCUACAUGGAAGAUGAGUACUAUUCAAGAGCACCUCUUCAGGCGAUCCAAGAGAUCGGUCGGCUGACUGAACCCCCUGAGAUCAAACGGAAAGAUGAGAUCUCGAACUCACUGGAGAGUUUCGUCCUUUCUUGCCUCACCAUCGACCCCGCAGAUAGACCAGACGCCACGACUAUACUACAGCAUCCGUUUCUGAGAGAGCGAUGUUCGAAAGAGCAGUUCGGCCACUACCUACGCAGACUAGACUUGGACGAGGACUAAUACAGAGCCGGUCAACUUAAGAAACAGGACUAAUCUAAUCUUCAGAUAUCUUUUUUAUCCGAAGCUCUCGAAGAACCGAACAAUUAGCUUCUGAAUCAACAAACACUUCAGCCGUGUCUUCUAUCUACCAAACCAGAUCAGAUCGGAAAUUCUGAACCUGGUCUUAUUUUGGAUACUUUUUCUACUUCAUACCAAAUCUUCGCUUGCACGAAGGGUCGUGAAAGUUCAAAUUCAAAUUUAUUAUCUACAAAUAGUUUGUAUUUCGACCUAUGAAUGCGUCAUUGAACAAUGGGUAUAAAGUCCGCGCCAUUUGACAAUUGUUUAUCUGGGUUUGUCUGUUUUUCUUGAGAUUGGUAGUCGAAAUAUAUAUUUUAUAGGCUUUGCCUACCUAUGCUAGAUGUUAUAUGUCGACUCAGUAGCUGAUUUAGUGGGUGGAGAUCGACGCCCCCUUCAAAUUUGUAUGCGGCAUAGAACAAUUUAUCAAUUAAAUUAAAGUCUGAAUAGUAUUUUGGGGAGCUCAGAAAAUUAAUUUUUCGACCUGUAAAAAUAACAAACCUUUCGAAAAUUCCCCCAUUAGAAAGUCUUGGAUCAGUUUCUGUGUCGACUACUAUUGAAUGUUCAAUUUUUGAAGAACUUUUAACAAAUAAAUGAGUGCUUCCUUUAAUUUUCUCUGAAUAAUUUUUGGAGCUGAAGUAUAUCCUUCUGUAUGAACUAAUCUACAAUCAAUAUAUGCCCUCGGUCUAAUUAUCAGGUGCUAAUUAAUUAUAACUAAUUUUAAAGAGACUGAAAAUUAUUUGAAUUGAAAUGAAUAUCACCAAACGAAGUCAUCAGUUACUGUGAAACAAUCUUUUUCUGAGUUAUUUCUUUUGUUAUUUGAGAGCUGAAGAUGUGCUUGUGAACAAAUUUCUAAAUUGUGUGAAAUAAAUACUAACUUAAAGUGAUGAGACAGCUUAUGUUAUUGUAGGAGCAGCUUCGAAUAUUGAUUGAUCGAUUGAAUGAUGUUUUCACUUGUAUCUGUAUCUUAAAUUUAAGAUUUCUGAAGAAGAAAGUUCGACAAAGCCUAAAUUGGUAAACGAACUUGGUAAAAACGUACAUACAUAAGUUUGCUAUCUUCAUAGUUUAUUUGAAUCAUUUGCUUAGAAUAAUAUUUUUUUGAAUUGA